UUUACGUCAUCUCAGUGCGACGAGGUCCGCGAGGGAGGGGUGGGGGGAGCGCUCUUGGCGGUGGUUGGGGGGCUGCUUCGAAGGUGUCAUGGCUGCUGCUGCCGAGCGUAGUUCCUCAAGCGGCAGCGAAAGGAGCCUAGAGCAAAGCUCCAGCCCCCUCCUCACCCGCGAGGUCCUCUGCGAAGUCUUUCGCUCCUUGCACACCCUGACCGGACAGCUUAACCUGAGAGAUGAUGUGGUGAAAAUUACAAUCGAUUGGAACAGGCUCCAGAGCCUCUCAGCAUCCCAGCCUGCACUGCUCCUUACUGCACUUGAACAACACGUUUUGUAUUUACAGCCUUUUUUAGCAAAACUUCAAUCUUUAAUUAAAGAAAAUUCAACAGCUGCAGAGAUAAGACAGACAGAAGCAGAGACCAAGAGUGAACUAAGAGCCAAACAUCCUACUGGGGACCUACAAGAUGAAAGAAAGCCCAAAGACUGUGAUUUAGGAGAUGUGAAAAAGACACAGAUCCUUUUUGAUCCAGAAGUAGUUCAGAUCAAGGCUGGAAAAGCAGAAAUUGACAGACGAAUAUCUGCAUUUAUUGAGAGAAAACAAGCUGAAAUCAAUGAAAACAACGUCAGGGAAUUUUGCAAUGUUAUUGAUUGUAAUCAAGAAAAUAGUUGUGCAAGAACUGAUGCGGUCUUUACUCCUUAUCCUGGAUUUAAAAGUCAUGUAAAGGUUUCUAGAGUUGUGAAUACAUAUGGACCACAGACUAGACCUGAAGGAAUUGCAGGGUCAGGUCACAAACCUACAGGCACGCUUCGUGAUUGUGGUAAUCAGGCGGUAGAAGAACGACUCCAGAAUAUUGAGGCUCACCUGCGAUUGCAGACAGGUGGCCCAGUACCAAGAGACAUCUAUCAAAGAAUUAAAAAGCUUGAAGAUAAAAUCCUUGAAUUGGAGGGCAUCUCUCCUGAAUAUUUUCAAUCUGUAAACUUCUCUGGAAAAAGAAGAAAAGUCCAACCCCCUCAACAGAACUAUUCACUGGCUGAACUGGAUGAGAAAAUUAGUGCCCUCAAACGAGCCCUGCUCAGAAAGUCGAGAGAAGCAGACUCCAUGGCCGCUCACCUCCCGUGAGACCACUCUUGUCACAUUGCUUUCCUUUAAGAUUCAUAUGCUUAACUAUUUGCAGUGUAUUCAUCAACAUAAACUUGUCUGACAGCAAACAGUCAGAUGCUGCAGUGUUUGGAAAUGAUGUACAUCUUGACCAUUGCACUGUUGGAACUUAGUCCCUUCUGUUUUAAAGGAGGCAUUUUGGAUAUUAAGCAACUUAAUUUGAAAGAACUUCUUUUGGUGGACUACCAGAGAUUAUUAUUUUGAUAGUGGUAUUUAAAAGGACUUUAUAUUUGUAACAUUGAUUAACCAUUUUUUUUUAGUUUAUAUUAGUACUUUGUACAUAGUAGGCAUUUAACAAACAUUUAUGGAAAAAUAAUAAAACAAAAACUGACAA